GAUAGCAGAUAAGGAAAGUAUAUUUAGUGUAUAUAAAUACUCAUUACCAACAUUCUCAACUCAGUACCCAUUGUGACUACAUCAAUAAUGUUGAACAUCAUCGUAUUUGUAUUUUGCAUUGGUGUAUUGAUACCACAGUAUUGUGGUGCGGACGGGAUCCCAAUACUGACAAGAGAAAGAUUGAACAAGAUCAGGAAGGAAUGCCAGGCCAAUCCAGCCACCCACAUCGAUGAUGCAGAGCUAUCCAGAUUCGGGAAUGGAGAAGAAGUCGAUCACUCGACAUUGGGCCCAUUUCUGCUAUGCCUCAACGUCGGCUUGGGUCUCCAAGAGCCAAACGGGGACUUCUCGUCCAGAUUCAGAGAAAUAAUGUCCCGCAAGAUUGCAGAAGACAGGAUGGAUGAUUUCAUGAAGACCUGUGGGAAAAAGGCGUCUGAUAAUGCUGAGGAAGCUGCAAUCAGUUUGAGCAGAUGUAUCAAUACCUUCGAUACGCCACAUAAUCCUUUCGAAAUUUCUUGAAUAUGGCACCACCUAACGGAACCCCGAUACAAUCUUUGUUGAUUUGUAUGGAAAAAAUAAUUGCAUGAUUUUUGUUGGUAUAUUACAAAGUUGGCAGGAUAUACAUUAUAUUCAUAAACUUGUAUUUUUUACCAACAUUUUACAUUCCUAUAUACCUACAUAAGAUCUCUGAAAUUUGUUUUUGUGACAGCAACUUCCAUUCAAUAAAAUAAAAUUGGAACACAAAUGAAC